CUGUUUUGAUAUAAAGGAUCUGUGUGCGGUGACGUCACACGUCCCUGCUCCAACAUGGCGAAUAUUCGGUCUCUGAAGGGCAUGGUGGGUCUGGUGACCGGUGGGGCGUCGGGGUUGGGUCGCGCCACUGUUGAGCGUCUGAUUCGGAGCGGCGCCUCUGCUGUGAUCCUGGACCUUCCCACCUCUGACGGACACACACUGGCCGCCACUCUGGGAGAGUCUUGUGCCUUCGCUCCGGCAGACGUGACAUCAGAGUCAGAGGUGCAGGCGGCGGUGUCUCUGGCCAGAGAGAAGUUUGGCAAACUGGACUUGGCCGUCAAUUGUGCGGGUAUUGCCGUCGCCGCCAAAACAUACAACUUUAAGAAGGAUGUUCCUCACAACCUGGAGGACUUCCAGAGGGUCAUCAAUGUCAACAUCGCCGGGACCUUCAACGUGAUUCGGCUGGCUGUGGGGGAGAUGGGGAAGAACGAACCCGACGCCGACGGACACAGAGGCUGCAUCAUCAACACGGCGAGCGUGGCAGCAUUCGACGGACAGGUUGGUCAAGCGGCGUACUCGGCCUCUAAAGGAGGCAUCGUCUGCAUGACGCUGCCCAUCGCCCGAGACCUGGCGCCCAUGGGGAUCCGGGUUGUCACCAUAGCGCCUGGUCUCUUCUCGACGCCUCUCCUCGCCAGCCUUCCUGAGAAGGUGCAGACGUUCCUGGCUCGGCAGGUGCCCUUCCCCUCUCGCCUGGGAGACCCCGCCGAGUUUGCUCACAUGGUGACGUCCCUGGCUGAGAACCCCAUGAUCAACGGAGAGGUGAUCCGGCUGGACGGAGCCAUCCGCAUGAUGCCCUGAGACCCUGAGACAAGCCUGUUGAACUGUGACAGGAAGUCAACUCGCUCUCCGUCACUCCUAGCAGGAGGGGCUCGGACACAAGCGCGGGCCCAAAUAAACCUGUGCUUCACACUCUUGCUUUAUUAUCUG